GUGGCCUCGCACAGGUGCGCCGAGCGGCUUGGGUUUCACUGAAACUUAUCCAGCUCCUGGAAGGCGCGCGCAGAGGCUCCAAUUAGGGGCAGGUGAGAGGGUGGCUUUCUCUCCGCUCGGCGAGUGGGACUCUGAGUUUCGAAUCGGUGGCGGCAAACUCUCCGUCCUCCCGGCGUCGGGGCUGCUGGAAGGAUGAGAAGCUUGAGCGCGGCGUGGCUGCUGGGGGUCGCCAUCCUGCUGGCGGCCUCUGCCUCCUGCAAUCGCACUGUCCUAGGAACCAGUAGACCCUCUAAAGGAAGAAGUCUCAUUGGUAAGGCUGAUAGCCCACCUCACAUCUCAGGGAAAGGAGUGACGGUGGUACCUGGCUUCUCCGUGGAUGAGUUUUCUACCUCCGUCCUCACUGGCAAACUGACCACUGUCUUUCUCCCCAUUGUCUACACGAUCGUAUUUGUGGUCGGUUUGCCAAGUAAUGGCAUGGCCCUGUGGGUCUUUCUUUUCCGAACAAAGAAGAAGCACCCCGCUGUGAUUUACAUGGCCAAUCUGGCCUUGGCAGACCUCCUCUCUGUUAUCUGGUUCCCUCUGAAGAUCGCCUACCACAUACAUGGCAACAACUGGAUUUACGGGGAAUCUCUUUGCAAGGUCCUCAUUGGCUUUUUCUAUGGCAACAUGUACUGUUCCAUCCUCUUCAUGACCUGCCUCAGCGUACAGAGGUACUGGGUCAUCGUGAACCCCAUGGUGCACCCCAGGAAGAAGGCAAACAUUGCCAUCGGUGUCUCUCUGGGAAUAUGGCUCCUGAUCCUGCUGGUGACCAUCCCCUUGUACGUGGUGAAGCAGACCAUCAACAUCCCCGCCCUUAACAUCACCACCUGUCAUGAUGUUCUGCCUGAGGAGGUGUUGGUGGGGGACAUGUUCAAUUACUUCCUCUCUUUGGCCAUUGGAGUCUUUCUGUUCCCCGCCUUCCUCACAGCCUCUGCUUAUGUGCUGAUGAUCAGGACACUCCGGUCUUCCACCAUGGAUGAAAACUCGGGAAAGAAGAGGCAGAGGGCCAUCAAGCUCAUCAUCACUGUCCUGGCCAUGUACCUCAUCUGUUUCACUCCCAGCAACCUUCUGCUCGUGGUGCACUACUUCCUGAUUAAAAACUGGGGCCAGAGCCAUGUCUACGCCCUGUACAUCGUCGCCCUCUGCCUCUCCACCCUCAACAGCUGCAUUGACCCUUUUGUCUAUUACUUCGUUUCACAAGACUUCAGGGAUCAUGCAAAGAAUGCCCUUCUUUGCAGGAGUGUCCGUACCGUAAAGCGGAUGCAAGUAUCCAUCACAUCAAAGAAAUUCUCUAGGAAAUCCAGCUCUUACUCUUCAAGUUCAACAAGUGUUAAAACCUCCUAUUGAGUUUUCCAGGUCUUCCAACGGAAGUUGUGCUGGAGGAUUUGGAGCCUGCUCAACGUUACAGGGAUGUUAAUGGUGUUCUCUAACCAGAGGUCUCAACACAUACCAUGUAUUUGCAGUGCCUCUCAGGAUUGCUGGGAGCUUCCCUGUUUGCAUAAGGAAAGUGCCCCAAAUUAACAGAGAAGUCAGUUUCAGAAUUCCUCUACUCAGGUGCUCCCAGAAGUGAAACUGACAGAAGCAGACUUUUCAGAAGGAAAAGACAGAAACUCAGUGAUUUACAAAAACUAGUCUUGGCAUGAAGACUAAGUUCUUAGCUGAAACUACAUUUCUUUUACAUCUGGGGUCAGUCACAGCCUUGUUAGAGCUUAAGGGCCCUCAGAGAUGAUCAGUCCAAUUGACUGGCUUUAUAAUGAGGAUACUAGAGAGCUGAGGGAGAGGUCCAGAAUCAGGUGUCCAACCACUGGUAGCCAGUUAGGACUGGACAGUAGAAUCUGAAUGGUCUCUGGGGUUCUUGUACCACCUCAUCAAAAUCGUUGUGGAUCUUGUUUAAAAAUGCAGAUUCAUCAGACUCAGGAAUGUGAGCUCGGAGUCUGGGAACAGGGUCUAGGAACCUGCAUUUUAAUGAGCCUUGUGCACACCAGAGUUUGGGAACCACUGGUCUAAGUACUGCUCUUCCACUUAAUAAGGGGCCAUGGUAUUUUUUGAAAAGAAAAGCAAGCAGAAUGCUGUGUGUCUCUUUUAUGUUUAGCUUAUAAUGAAGCUUGUCUUACUGGGACUUUCAAUUAUUUCUUUAUCAGCCCUUUUGUAUGCAUUAUUAUCACUUCAAGGAAAAUACAAUGAGGAUUUUAAACAUGGAACAAUUAAUUUCAUGUAAUUUUUUACUGACUUCAGUGAAAUCUUCAGGCUGUCUGAGUAAUUGACUCUUUCACAACUAAGAAGAGCAUUUACCACUCGGUAUUUUAAAAAAUUAUUGUUGGACUGUUUAUUGUCAGCUUUAUUGACUCGCUAUCAAAUACGAAAUUACAAAGCCAUGACUGGGUUUGAACCACAUCUGCUUUGGAAAGGAACACUAAAAUAGAGGUGAUUUGCAAUGUAUUUGAAGAGGUACUUGACUCCAGGUUGACUUUAUACAACUGUUGCAUUUGUGACCUUUUAAAAUAAUUAUUUUAUUGUAUGAUUGAUUUAUAAAUAACAUGUCGCUUUUUUAUGACUCAUUUCUGACUUCGUGGGUUUUGCUUUUUUGUUUUUGUUUUUGAGGGAAGGAGAGAGAGAAGGGAAGCGAUGGCAUCACUCCCCUUCUAAGAAGGAAUGAUGUGAUGUUCACACCUUAUUUUUUACAUAAAUAGGUCCAUGCUGUACACAGUGCUCUGCGAUCACUGUUUUUCCUUUAACCACAUUUUAGAAUUCUUUCCAUGCCUGCGUCUCUGGCUUGACCUCCAUUUUUAAAGGCUGCAGACUAUUUAAUAUUUUGGAUGUACAGUGAUGAAUGUAGUCAUUUUCCUACCUGUGGCUCCUAAAAUUGUUUCUCUCUCUCUCUCUCUUUUGCUCCUAUUAAAGGAGUGCUGCAUUGAACAUCUGUAUGCAGACACCUCUGUAUUUCUUUAGGAUGAGUUCCUGGAAGUAGAAAGGCCAGGUCACAAGUUAGAUGUAAGUUUCGGUAACACUGACCAAAUUGCCUUCAGUAAUUUAUUCUUCUACCAAAAAGUACGUUUGCACCUAUGUCCUGAAAUGCUCUUCCACACCUGAUCUAUCAGUCUUUUGAAAAGGUACCAAUGUGAUUGGGCAAAAAUUUCAUUCUUGUUUUAAUUUGUACUGAAGCUGCACAGCCUAGUGGCCAAGACUGCAGGCCCUGAGCUGCCAGGCAGGGCUGAAUUCCAACUCCAUCAUUUCUCUGUUUUGGUCUCCUUAGGGAAGAUGCUUCUCUUUGCCUCUUUUUCCUCAUCUGUAAAAUAAAGAUUAUACUAUCUUUAUAGAGUUAUAAGGAUUCAGUGUUUGGCACAUACAUGCACUCAUAAAUUUUUUGCAGCAUUAUUACUAUUCUCUGACUGCUGAUGAGAUUUCAGUUCUGAUCUGCCCACUUUCCCUCCAGUGCCAGAUACACCCUGCCUUCCUUGCCUGCUGACUCUGCUUUCAGUCUCAUAGCAGGCUUGUGGGGUUGUCUUUAUUUUUCUUUUUGGGAGGGAAGCAAAAGAUGGUGAACACAGGAUCAAAGGGAACAGAAACAAAUGGCUCACAGUGGCCUCACAAGGUGGUCUAUGGGCUGAUCCAGUAGAAAACUUUUUUUUUUUUGGUAUUUGCCACUUUUUUUUUUUUUAAUUGAAGUACAGUCAGUUACAAUGUGUCAAUUUCUGGUGUACAGCACAAUGUCCCAGUCAUGCAUAUACAUACAUAUAUUCAUUUUCAUAUUCUUUUUCAUUAAAGGUUAUUAUAAGAUAUUGAACAUAGUUCCACAUAGAAGAAACUUUUUAAAAUCUAUUUUUAUUUAUAGUGGCUAACAGUUGUAAAUCUCAAACUCCCAAAUUUAUUCCUUCCCACCUGCUUUCCCUGGUAACCAUAAGAUUGUUUACUAUGUCUGCGAGUCUGUUUCUGUUUCGUAGAUGAUUUCAUAGUGUCCUUUCUUUUUCUUUUAGAUUGCACAUAUGAGUGGUAUCAUAUGCUAUUUUUCUUUCUCUUUCUGGCUUACUUCACUUAGAAUGACAUUCUCCAUGUCCAUCCAUGUUGCUUCAGAUGGCAUUAUUUUAGUCUUUUUAUGGCUGAGUAGUAUUCCAUUGUAUAAAUAUACUACAACUUCUUUAUCCAGUCAUCUGUUGAUGGACAUUUAGGUUGCUUCCAUGUCUUGACCAUUGUAUAUAGUGCUGCUAUGAACAUUGGGAUGCAGGUAUCUUUUUGAAUUAGAAUAUAGAAUAUAUACCCAGAAAUGGGAUUGCUGGAUCAUAUGGUAAGUCUAUUUUUAGUUUUUUGAGGUAUAUCCAUACUGUUUCCCAUAACGGCUGCACCAAACUAUAUCCCCACCAGCAGUGUAGAAGGGUUCCCUUUUCUCCAUACCCUCUCCAGCAUUUAUCAUUUGUGGACUUUUGAAUGAUGGCCAUUCUGACUGGUGUGAGGUGAUACCUCAUUAUAGUUUUGAUUUGCAUUUCUCAAUAAUUAGUGAUAUUGAGCAUUUUUUCAUGUGCCUAUUGGCCAUUUGUAUGUCUUCAUUGUAGAAUUGCUUAUUUAGGUCUUCUGCCCAUUUUUGGAUUGGGUUGUUAGUUUUUUUAUUAUUAAGUUGUAUGAGCUGUUUAUAUAUUCUGGAAAUUAAGCCUUUGUCAGCACAUCAUUUGCAAAUAUUUUCUCCCAUUCUGUAGAUUGUUAUUUUGUUUUGCUUAUGGCUUCUUUUGCUGUGCAAAAGCUUAUGAGUUUAAUUAGGUCCCAUUUGUUAAUUUUUGCUUUUAUUUAUUUAUUUAAAAAAAAUUGCUUUUAUUUCUAUUGCCUGGGUCGACUGCCCUAGGAGAACAUUGCUAAGAUUUAUGACAGAAAAUGUUUUGCCUAUGUUAUCUUCUAAGAGAUUUAUCAUGUCUUGUCUUAUAUUUAAGUCUUAAAGCCAUUUUGAGUUUAUUUUUGUGUACGUGUGAGAGAGAGUUCGAACUUCAUUGAUUUACAUGCUAUCCAGUUUUCCCAAGACGACUUGCUGAAGAGACUGUCUUUCCUCCAUUGUAUAUUCUUGCCUCCUUUGUUGAAGAUUAAUUGACCAUAGGUCUGUGGGUUUAUUUCUGGGCUCUCUAUUCUGUUCCAUUGAUCCAUAUGUCUGUUUUUAUGCCAAUACCAAGCUAUUUUGAUUACUGUAGCGUUGUAGUAUUGUCUGAAGUCUGGGAGGGUUAUUCCUCCAGCUUCAUUAUUUUUCCUCAGUAUUGCUUUGGCAAUUCUGGGUCUUUUGUGCUUCCAUAUAAAUUUUAGGAUUGUUUAGUUCCGUGAAAAAUGUCCUGGGUAAUUUGGUAGGAAUGGCAUUAAAUCUGUAGAUUGCCUUGGGCAGUAUGGUCAUUUUAAUGAUAUUGAUUCUUCCAAUCCAAGAGCUUGGGAUAUCUUUCCAUUUCUUUAAGUCAUCUUUAAUUUCCUUAAUCAGUGCUUUGUAGUUCUCCAUGUAUAAGUCUUUCACCUCCUUGGUCAGAUUUAUUCCUAAGUGUUUUAUUGUUUUUGAUGCAGUUUUAAAAGGGAAUGUUUCCUUACUUUCUUUUCCUGCUAAUUCAUUGUUAGUGAAAAGAAAUACAGCUGAUUUUUUUUUUAAUGAGGGGGAGGUAAUUUAGUUUAUUUAUUGAUUUCUGCUUGGAAGGGGUACUGGGGCUUGAACCCAGGAUCUCUUGUGUGCUGAGCAUGCGCUGUAUCACUUGAGCUAUUCUCUCCCCUCCUCCUUUUUUUUUAAUCUUGUAUCCUGCUAACUUGCUGAAUUCUUUUAUCAGCUUUAGUAGCUUCUGUGUGGAGCUUUUAGAGUUUUCUAUAUAUAGUAUCAUGUCAUCCACAUAUAGUGACAAUUUUACCUCUUCUCUUCCAAUUUGGAUCCAUUUUAUUUCUUUUUCUUACCUGGUUGCUGUGGCUAAGACUUCCAAGACUAUGUUGAAUAGAAGUGGUGAGAGUGGGCAUCCUUGUCUGGUUCCAGAUUUUAGUGAUAAGGCUCUCAGUUUUUCACCGUUGAGAAUUAUGGUGGCUGUAGGUUUGUCAUAAAUAGCUUUUAUUAUGUUGUGAUAUAUUCCCUGUAUACCCACUUUGGUAAGAGUCUUUAUCAUAAAUGGGUGUUGAAUUUUAUCAGAUGCUUUGUCUGCAUCUAUUGAGAUGAUCAUGUGAUUUCUAUCCUUUUUCUUGUUAAUGUGGUUUAUCACAUUGAUUGAUUUGCAUAUGUUGAAUCAUUUUUGUGUCCCUGGGAUGAAUACAACUUGAUCAUGGUGUAUGAUCUUUUUAAGUGCUGUUGGAUUCUGUUUGCUAGUAUUUUGUUGAGGAUUUUUGCAUCUAUGUUCAUUAACGAUAUUGGCCUGUGAUUUUCUUUUUUUGGUAGUGUCUUUGUCAGGUUUUGGUAUCAGGGUGAUGGUGGCUUCAUAGAAUGAGUUUGGGAGUAUUCCCUCCUUUUCAAUCCUUUGGAAGAGUUUGGGAAGGAUUGGUAUGAGCUUUUUUUGUAUGUUUGAUAGAAUUCCCCAGUGAAGCCAUCUGGUCCUGGACUUUUGUUUGCAGGGAGGUUUUUUAAUUGCUAAUUCUAUUUCAUUUCUAGUGAUCAGUCUCUUCAAGUGGUCUAUGUCUUCUUGAUUCAGUCUUGGUGGACUAUAUGUUUCCAGAAACUUGUCCAUUUCUUCUAGGUUGUCCAGUUUGUUUCCUUAUAGUUGUUUGCCACUUCUUUAUCCGUCUUUUUCAUAAUAUAUGCUGAUGGUUUAAAAAAAUCAAACUAAAUAAAAAUACAUAAAAUAAAAAAUGUACUCCUUUGCUAUCCAGGCCCAUUCUUAUCUCUCAGAGGGAACUCAUUUUCAUCAUAAUGUGUUUAUAGAAAAUAAUGUAUGUCAUACUUUUAAAAUAAGAAUAUGUAUGUGUAUGUAAAUACAUAUAUGUGCAUGUAUAUGUCAAUUUCCAAAUCAAUUCAUACUGAUUGCCUCAUUGUUUCCAGUGACCAGGUAGUAUUCUAUGCAGGGACGAUCAUAAUGUAAUCACCACCCUAUUGAAGAUGUUAUUUUUCUUGGAACACGUUCACCAAGUCUGUGAACCUACAUUAAGAAGUAUAAGAGAAAUGAUUUGAGAAACAGAAUUCUAAGAAUGUUUGUUGGCUGAAGCAAAUGCUUUCCACAUCCUUUUUGUUUCUUUUACCUUUGAGGAGCAGCUCACAAAAGCCCUGGUCUGCCUGAAUCAGACCAGCUCUGGCCUGGAGCGCGGAAGUGCCCUGGAUGUGCUUGUCUGCUCCUGUCUUCCCUGUCUUACUGGGGUCUGAUUUUUCUAAACUAUCUGAAAAUUUGAAUGUGUUGCAGUCCACUGGCCCCAUUGACUGAAAGAGGGUUCUCUCAGUUUGGAAGCGAAUACAGACUUGCACCCACUGUGUGGGACACAUGCUACACUGACUUGAUUGGCGUAGUUUUACUGGGACUGCCCUGUACCCCUUUCAGUUGUUUGGAGUAGGAGUUCCAGAGGUAAUUAAUUUCCUGGUUAUCAAGAUUUCAUAAAUCCUGAGGCUAUAACCUCAUCAGUAUGCAUAGUUUAGUGAUGACAACUUUUUUCCUGUAAAUUUAACCCCUUGGAGGCCUUGAGAGGACUGGAUUAUAUUACCAAGUCAGAAGUACAGUUCGUCAUACUGUCCCCUGAUCUCACUGAUUAAAAUCUUGGGUCUGUGCUGCAGAGUUUGGAUGUUGUCUUAAAAAGCAGUUUCUGAUUUCACAUUUGUCAAAGGCAUGUGUUCCCCCCCACCCCUAAUUCUGAAGGAAGAAAAAAACCCCAAACCCUUGAGAAAUCCAGUUCUCCAUUUUAUCCAAGACUUGGACCCACACUGAGAUGGUGGUUCUGUUUAAAUGUAAAUAAUUGGAGUCACUCACUUUGGAAUUGUCUUUAUGGAGGGAGAGUAUGACGAAUUCCGUGGUUUGGGUAUGAGCUGCCUUUGCCUCUACCUGUUAGUCAAUCUGUGGAAUAUUUGCCAGCAUCUGUCUUUAUUGGUGAGAAAUUAGGCACAGCCAGAGUUACGGGCCGCCUCCUCCUGCAGAAACCACAGCCUGUGGGCUCCAUCAUCACCUCUCGUCAAGCCACUGGCACCCAGCAAGUGGGAGUGGUUCAUUCUUUUAUCCCACAGUUCUUGCAACACUGUUGCCUUAUUAAGUGCAAAUAUUUAAAUCAGGAUUCCUUCUGUAGCAGCAUUCUAGGGCUGGGGUUGAUAUUCUCAGUGAAAUUAAUGUGUUUUUAAAAAACACAAAAAAACAAAAACAAAAGCAAGCAACCAAUCCUUCAAGUAUUGGGGCUUCUGGAAAGCCUUUAAAGAAGAGCCUGUUCUAAAGCCAGGUCUUGAGACUGGGGGAAAGUCAAGGAAAACAAAGGGACAAGAAGACUUAGGAAGGGCCAUUAUUGUGGCGUAUCUCUCUUAACACUGGUAUGCUUAGCCCUUUAAGAAACAAACUUUUAAGAAUUAUAAAAGUAAUAAGUGGUUCUUGUAAAUAAAUCUGAGAAGGUAAGAGCAUGUGCUGAAAAGUGGACAUAUCCCUUCUCUACCUCCAUGCCAGAACCCAGGUAUUCCCUUUGUGAGUCCUUUCACGUAUUUUCUGUGUAAGUAUACGUACCUAUAUGCUUUUUUUUUUAAGUGAAAGAAGAGUUACCCUAUGUAUGCUGUAUUUAUUUAAAAUCAACCCUCAAAACUUAAUGGCUCAAAACAACAAUAAACAUUUACUAACUUG